AUGGAGUCUCUAAUCAGCAAUUACAUCCACAGAGACAGGCUUCAAGGUAAUUAGUGUGCUAGCUAGACAGAGCUUUCAGUCGAGAGCUAUAUGUAAGGUACAAGGUUCCUUGAUCCCCUCCUUGACUAGAGAUCCUAUCCCUCCUAUCCCCCUCUCAGCCCUCCGCCACUUGACUCUGCUCACCUUGCUGCUGAUUGUCAUGUAGUUGAAUGAGGUUCAUGAGGAGACGACAGGUUUAUUUAAAUUCUGGUGCCAUAUUGCAAAACCAGUCUGAGAGUGCUAAUCAAUGUCAUUGAAAGAAUCCGCUCUCUGAAGUAAUGGGAUGUAUGUUUGGAUCUGUCUAUAGGUGCAUAUCAUAUGCCACCCUAUUCCCUAUAUCGUGCACCACUUUUGACCAGAUCUCUAGUUCGUGGCUGCCCUAUGCGGCUCUAGUCAAAUGUACUGCAUGAUAUAGUGGAUAGGUUGUGAUUUUAGGCAUAUAUUCUACGUUGUCAUUGCAUGUGUUGAAUACGAUUUUGACUACCCACAAGCCAUCUCAUCUGCCUCAGAAACAAGUGUUCCUCCAUUCCCAGACAUCCCCAGACAGUGAACUGUACUCACCUAUCUGUCGCUGGCGUUUAGAGCUGUUGGUUAGCGAAGCGGUUUUAUUAGUUUAUGAGCUCCUAUGGGGAGAGACGGUGGGGAAAUUGGUUCCUCUGCGAUCACAGGGUAGAGAGGAAGAGAAAAAAACUGUUUCUCUCUCUCUCUCUCUCUCUCUCUCUCUCUGUCUCCCUCUCUCACAUUCUUGUUAUCACUCUCUCUCUCUUUCUCCUGGCUCUCAAUGUUUACUGUUGAAUAAAACGGAUUAAUCAAAACACUAUUUUAUUAGUGUCUGCUGUGGAGGAGUGCUUGUUCCUGGGAGAAAGCAGGAGCCCAAAUAGACUUGUGUACAUUACUAUAAUUCUAAUCCAUUCACACAGGCUUGCUUGUUCGCCUCCACCCAAAGACAGAUUCCUGGAAACCAGGGGUUGGAACCAAAAUUAUUGUUAUUAGUUUAGUUCUGAACAGAACCACAAUUUUUUCGUUUCGUUCCACUGUUCCGACCAGCAAAAUAAAGUUCUGAACCGGUUCAAACCAAAACUUUUUACCAGUUUAUAUUGUUCCUUUCUGUUCCUUUUUUAACCUGUGAAAUCAACUGUUUUUUACAUUUUGCUCAUUCAAUUACUUCACCAAUCAGUGCGGAUAGAGCAGGCAAGCUAGUUGUUUACAUGCGUGAUGGACAUACAAGUGUAGCCUAUGGCACAAGAUGCGACUGAAAUAACACUGGAAUAUGUUUCUUAGUGACAGAGUGAAGGGCUUUGCAUAGGCACUUUGUUGCGUUUUUAGAAUGCCUUGAACGUAAAAUAACAUUAUUAACCGGUUCCCAUGCUUUUAAAAUAAUGGUUCUGUUCCGGAACAGUAUGGAUCACUUUCAUUCCUGGUUCCGUUUCUGUUCCUUGAAAAAAUAUUUUCAGGUUUUUGGUUCUGUUCCCUGAACCGGUUCCAACCCCUGAUGGAAACCUUUUGAGGGGUUGUAUUACAGCACAGCUACAUUUUUCAUUGCACUAUGCUGUUACAUACAGUGGCUUGCGAAAGUAUUCACCGCCCUUGGCAUUUUUCCUAUUUUGUUGCCUUACAACCUGGAAUUAAAAUGGAUUUUUUUGGGGUUUGCCUCAUUUGAUUUACACAAUAUGCCUACCACUUUUUCUUGUGAAACAAACAAGAAAUAAGACAAAAAAACAGACAACUUGAGCGUGCAUAACUAUUCACCCCCCCCAAAAUCAAUACUUUGUAGAGCCACCUUUUGCAGCAAUUACAGCUGCAAGUCUCUUGGGGUAUGUCUCUAUAAACUUGGCACUUCUAGCCACUGGGAUUUUUGCCCAUUCUUCGAGGCAAAAACUGCUCCAGCUCCUUCAAGUUGGAUGAGUUCCGCUGGUGUACAGCAAUCUUUAUGUCACACCACAGAUUCUCAAUUGGAUUGAGGUCUGGGCUUUGACUAGGCCAAUCCAAGACAUUUAAAUGUUUCCCCUUAAACCACUUGAGUGUUUCUUUAGCAUUAUUCUUAGGGUCAUUGUCCUGCUGGAAGGUGAACCUCCGUCCCAGUCUCAAAUUUCUGGAAGACUGAAACAGGUUUCCCUCAAGAAUUUCCCUGUAUUUAGCGCCAUCCAUCAUUCCUUCAAUUCUGACCAGUUUCCAGUCCCUGCUGAUGAAAACAUCCCUACAGCAUGAUGCUGCCACCACCAUGCUUCACUGUGGGGAUGGUGUUCACGGGGUAAUGAGAGGUGUUGGGUUUGCGCCAGACAUAGCAUUUUCCUUGAUGGCCAAAAAGCUCUGACCAGAGUACCUUCUUCCAUAUGUUUGGGGAGUCUCCCACAUGCCUUUUGGCGAACACCAAACGUGUUUGAUAUUUUUUUCUUUAAGCAAUGGCUUUUUUCUGGCCACUCUUCCGUAAAGCCCAGCUUUGUGGAGUGUACGGCUUAAAGUGGUCCUAUGGACAGAUACUCCAAUCUCCGCUGUGGAGCUUUGCAGCUCCUUCAGGGUUAUCUUUGGUCUGUUGCCUCUGAUUAAUGCCCUCCUUGCCUGGUCUGUGAGUUUUGGUGGGCGGCCCUCUCUUGGCAGGUUUGUUGUGGUGCCAUAUUCUUUUCAUUUUUUAAUAAUGGAUUUAAUGGUGCUCUGUGGGAUGUUCAAAGUGUUUGGUAUUUUUAUAUAACCCAACCCUGAUCUCUACUUCUCCACAACUUUGUCCCUGACCUGUUUGGAGAGCUCCUUGGUCUUCAUGGUGCCGCUUGCUUGGUGGUUCCCCUUGCUUAGUGGUGUUGCAGACUCUGGGGCCUUUCAGAACACGUGUAUAUAUACUGAGAUCAUGUGACAGAUCAUGUGACAGGUGGACUUUAUUUAACUAAUUAUGUGACUUCUGAAGGUAAUUGGUUUCACCAGAUCUUAUUUAGGGGCUUCAUAGCAAAGGGGGUGAAUACAUAUGCACGCACCACUUUUCCAUUAUUUAUUUUUUUAGAAUAUUUUGAAACAAGUCAUUUUUUUUCAUUUCACUUCACCAAUUUGGACUAUUUUGUGUAUGUCCAUUACAUGUAAUCCAAACAAAAAUCUAUUUCAAUUACAGGUUGUAAUGCAACAUAAUAGGAAAAACGCCAAGGGGGAUGUAUACAUUUGCAAGGCACUGUACAUACUACAUGGACAUAUGAAUUCAAUGUCCACCCACAGCCCAUUUCACCACCAAAAACACCAACAAUUCAACGCUCUUCCUGAUUGUUCAUAUCCACUCUGAUUGGUUCUAGAGCUCUCCCUGAGAGCCGACAUGUCUAACUGCCCCUCCCCACUGGGCUGCCCGACCCACUUCUCAGGCUCUCCGGGGAUGAAGAUAUACAUCGACCCCUUCACUUAUGAGGACCCCAACGAGGCUGUCCGUGAGUUCGCCAAGGAGAUUGACGUCUCCACCGUCAAGAUCGAAGAAGUCAUUGGCGCAGGUAAAUGUGGAUGGAUGUGUGCGUUUGUUUGUGCUCUCUCUCUCUCUCUCUCUCUCUCUCUCUCUCUCUCUCUCUCUCUCUCUCUCUCUCUCUCUCUCUCUCUUUCUCUCUCUCUCUUUCUUUUUCUCUUUUUCUCUUUGUGUAUCUCUCUAUCUCUAUUUUUCUCUCUCCCCCCCACCUCCCACCCUCUCUCCCUCUCUCCCUUCCUAACACCCUCCCUCUCUCCCUUUCUAACUCCCUUCCUCUCUCUAUCUGGGGACAUGUCCUCCCUCGAUGGGCCAGGCCAGACCUUGUUGACUGUAUGGGGACAUGCUGAUUUGUGUUGAUUCAUACAGGGACUAAAAUAACAGCAGGCUAAUGAGACAAGGACUGGAGUAGCCUCUCGUGGUCUGGCUGAGACACACUGCAUGAUAGGAGUGGUCCUCUGUAGCUCAGCUGGUAGAGCACGGCGCUUGUAACGCCAAGGUAGUGGGUUCGAUCCCCGGGACCACCCAUACACAAAAAUGUAUGCACGUAUGACUGUAAGUCGCUUUGGAUAAAAGCGUCUGCUAAAUGGCAUAUUAUUAUUAUUAUUAUAGGAAACGAGGAAGGAUAGGGGAUAGGGGAGGAGAUGGAGGAGUGGGAUGAGGGGAAUGAUAGAGGAAUGGGGGUUUGCUAAUUACAGAUUUCCGUUUUUUGUUUAUUCGGUGGUGUGAGAUCUCCGCGGGAUGCCUGGAGAAUGAUGACUAAUCAAGGAAUGGAAAUAGUAGAUAUUUACUGUGAAUUUGUUGUAUUAUUCUUUUAGUUUCUACUUAUGAAUGCCCUUCCCAGAUUCUGAGCUACUGUUCAACAAGAUAGCCCCAAUGUUGAUCUCAAAUGAGACAAUUACAUUAGAUUAUUGAAAACACAAAGGUCUAAAUAUAUUCUGCUUGUUAACUCUGGUCCAACAUACAUGUUGUGUAGGGUCCCUGGUCAUAUAGGGUCCCUGGUCCCUCUCGAGCCAGAUUAUAUUGCACUAGCGUGAUCGAAUGGAUUCAUAUUUACUGAAAUCUCAAGGUCUAAUAUUGACUUGAUCUCUCUAGACUGUUGAUCUAGCGCUAUAACCACACACUAUACCUCUCUCUCCCCCAGGUGAGUUUGGUGAGGUGUACAAGGGACGCCUGAAGCUGCCAGGCAAGAGGGAGAUCUACGUGGCCAUCAAGACCCUGAAGGCAGGAUACGUGGAGAAGCAGAGGCGGGACUUCCUGUCCGAGGCGUCAAUCAUGGGACAGUUCGACCACCCCAACAUCAUCAGACUGGAGGGCGUGGUCACCAAGAGUCGGCCAGUCAUGAUCGUCACAGAGUUUAUGGAGAACGGGGCCCUUGAUUCCUUCCUGAGGGUGAGUUAUAGAACAUGUGUGUAUCAAGUGUCUUAGAGUAGGAGAGCUGCUCUAGGAUCAGCUGGACCCCCUGUCCCACGUAAUCUCAUUCAAUAUGAUUUAAAAGGCUAAACUGAUCCUAGAUCAGCACUCCUAAUCUAAAACACUUUAUGAAUAUAAGACAAGGAAUAUGGAUGGUGUUCACUCCGCUAUGUCUUAUUAAUAAUUUAUAAACACUGCUUACCACCUCUUUUUUAUAGUUUAUUAUAGUAAAUGUUAUACUGUGGUAAUAGUUUAUUUAAAUAUUUUUGCUAUUCACAUAAUAUGUAUUAUACAGUAUGUUGAUAUACACUGAGUAUGCAAAACAUGAAGAACACCUGCUCUUUCCAUGACAUAGACUGACCAGGUGAAUCCAGGUGAAAGCUAUGGUUCCUUAUUGAUCACUUGUUAAAUCCACUUCAAUCAGUGUAGAUGAAGGGGAGGAGACAGGUUAAAGAAGAAUGUUUAAGCCUUGAGACAAUUGAGACAUGGAUUUUGUAUGUGUGCCAUUCAGAGGGUGAAUGGGCAAGACAAAAAAUGUAAGUGCCUUUGAACGGGGUAUGGUAGUAGAUGCCAAGCGCACUGGUUUGUGUCAAGAACUGCAACGCUGCUGAAUUUUUGACACUCAACAGUUCCCGUGUGUAUCAACAAUGGUUCACCACCCAAAGGACAAUUUGUGAUUGCAAUAAACAUACAAGGACACCUAACAGCAGUUCAUGACCCAUGGCAAUGUACUGUACAUUUCUCAGCCUGCAAUAGGGCUUAGGCUUAUAGAUCACAGUCAGUGUAGAUUUGAAAAUGUACCGAACGCAAUUCCAUUCUCUCCUCAUCAAAGACUUCCUGAAAUAGCCAAUUUAUGUCCUCGUUUAAUUUCUCCAUUCAUGCCCCAAGCUCUUAAUGGACUAUCCCCUCGCUCUUUUGUAGCUGGGACGGAACGAGCGAGUGUACAGCUUAAUCAAUAUUCAACCCAUAUUUUUUUCUCUCCUUCCCUUCUUCAUUCCCUCCCUCCCGUCAUCUCAUGGAUUGGUUUUACGCUCUACUUUGUUCUAAUGCUGGUUUAAAGGGACCCUUUGAAGUUGGCUUUGCUAGCCGCCACCUCCGUCUUAUGUUCCCAUCGAUCUUACCCUACCCUCUUAUUUGUUAGUGUGUGUCAAAGCUCCUCUGAGCAUUGGAGAUACAGGGAGGAACUAGGAAGGAGUUGGGGGGAGAGAGAGAGAGCUCCUCCAUGUGUGAGUGUUACCAACAGUGAUGUACGAUGUACAAUUUUCACUAGAAAUAUCCUCUAGCAACUCGUUUUGAUAGGAUCGUGUUUGAAUAAUCCAAUUUAGUAAUCAAAAUGUAUUCUGCCCCCCUCCUUUUGAUGUAAAAUAGGAGAUGAUAUGCAAUACAAGGGCUGUCUGGGACUGUGUCGAUAGUGUGAUACACUAUUAGAAAAAAGGGUUCCAAAAGGGUUCUUCGGCUGUCCCUAUAGGAGAAGCCUUUUUGGUUCCAGGUAGAACCCUUUUGGGUUCCAUGUAGAAACCUCUGUGGAAAUGGUUCUACAUUGAACCCAAAAGGGUUCUACCUGGAACCAAAAAGGGUUCUUCAAAGAGUUAUCCUAUGAGGACAGCCGAAGAACCCUUUUAGGUUCUAGAUAGCACCUUUUUUCUAAGAGUGUAUCGUAAAAGUAAAAAUCAAAAGAGCAAAUCACUUUAAGUAUAAGGCUUGAAGAUUCUGUCACAGACUCCGAAAUAACUAGUUUGCUGUGUUGGAGAAGUGGGUCGCACAGAGAUAGAUAGGCAGCAGGUUAGGCUGUUUGUCACACCCUGUGUGUAUGGAACAUUGUACGUACUGUAGGUGUGACGGCAGAUCUUGUACAAAAGUGUGCCCUUACUUCCUGACUGUGGUGACACGGAUGUGGCUGUAGGCUUUUCUAAUCUGGGAACGAGAUCCCAGAAGACGUGGAAGGAAUUUGCAACACAGAACAAUGUUGGCUAGGCAUGGCCUUUAUACAAUCUGACACUCACACAAAAUCUGUUGCAUAGUAAAAUGUGCUUGUGUUAGUGUCAUGUUGUUGCGGUUUUUAAAUCAAUUGCAUUUCAAUCAAAUAGAGCUAUGCAAUCAAAUAGAACUGUGUAGGUCUAUACAUCUCAAUGCCUAAUACUGUGAAAUAGUGUAGAAUAUUUGUCACGCCCUGGCUCUGGGACUCUGUUAUGUUGAGCCAGGGUGGGUUGUUUCUAUGUGUUUUGUGUGCUAGGUUGUUUAUCUAGUUCAUUUGUUUCUAUGUUGGCCGGUGUGGUUCUCAAUCAGAGGCAACGUAAAUCAGCUGUUGCUUGUUGUCUCUGAUUGGGAACCAUACUUAGGUAGCCUGUUUUUCCACAGUGUUUGUGGGAUCUUGUUCCGUGUUUGGUUAGUGUCUAUUGCCAAGGACGUCACGUAUCGUUUUGUUGUUUUGUUCGUGUGAUCAUUAAAAAUAAAAGUAUGUCCGCAUUCCACGCUGCGCCUUGGUCCUCUGUGUUCGGCGAUCGUGACAGAAGAUCCCACCAUAACUGGACCAAGCAGCGUGUCUAGGAGCCAACGCCAGAGAGGGCCCUAAAGGAUAUCAACCUCGACUGGGUCAAGCCACGGGAGGAGGAGAGAGGUUGGACUUUGGAGCAGAGGAGCGAGAGUCUGGCGAGAGCCAUGGAGGCCUGGCCCACGGGGAGGAGAGACGCCCAGAAAUUUUUUAGGGGGGGGCUCACGCCGUGGACGACGGGGCAGCAGGAGGCCGGGAUAGAGUGGUUCAGCGGGUUGGCAAAGGAGGCCGCCAGGUUACGGGAGUCACUGGUCACCAGGGGGAAGGAGAAUGUAGAGGCACGGCGAGAGGUACUGGGGUGUGUUGCCAGUCCGGUCCGGCCCGUUCCUGAACCCCGCGUAGGGCCAGUGGUGUGUGUCCCCAGUACGGUCCGGCUUGUUCCUGUCCCUCACACCGAGCCUGUGGUGCGCGUCGCCAGCCCGGUCCAGCAUGUUCCUGCCCCUCGCACCAAGCCUGUGGUGCGCGUCGCCAGCCCGGUCCGGCCUGUUCCUGCCCCUCGCACCAAGUGGUGCGCGUCGCCAGCCCAGUCCGGCCUGUUCCUGCUCCCCGCACCAAGCCAGUGGUGCGCUUCGUCAGCCCGGUUCGGCCCGUCCCUGCUCCCCGCACCAAGCCUGUGGUGCGCGUCGUCAGCCCGGUCCGGCCUGUUCCUGCUCCCCGCACCAAGCCAGUGGUGCGCUUCGUCAGCCCGGUUCGGCCCGUCCCUGCUCCCCGCACCAAGCCAAUGGUGCGCGUCGUCAGCCCGGUCCGGCCUGUUCCUGCUCCCCGCACCAAGCCUGUGGUGCGCGUCGUCAGUCCGGCACAGCCCGUGCCUGGGUCACCGGUGCCUGGUCAGGUACCGGUUAGCUGCUCCACAUCGGAGCCAGAGCGAUCCGCUCCACCGAUGUCCAGUCCAGAUCCAGCCAGCAGGGCCAGACCGGACCAGGGGCGCUAUGGGGGGUUUGUUGGAGGGUGGGGGUCAAGCCCGGAGCCGGAACCGCCUCCGAGGAGGAAUGCCCACCCGGCCCUCCCCUGUUCGGUUUAUGUUUGGCGCGGUCGCAGUGCGACCGCGCCUUUGGGGGGGGGGGGGGGGGGUACUGUCACGCCCUGGCUCUGGGACUCUGUUAUGUUGAGCCAGGGUGGGUUGUUUCUAUGUGUUUUGUGUGCUAGGUUGUUUAUCUAGUUCAUUUGUUUCUAUGUUGGCCGGUGUGGUUCUCAAUCAGAGGCAACGCGAAUCAGCUGUUGCUUGUUGUCUCUGAUUGGGAACCAUACUUAGGUAGCCUGUUUUUCCACCGUGUUUGUGGGAUCUUGUUCCGUGUUUGGUUAGUGUCUAUUGCCAAGGACGUCACGUAUCGUUUUGUUGUUUUGUUUGUGUGAUCAUUAAAAAUAAAAGUAUGUUCGCAUUCCACGCUGCGCCUUGGUCCUCUGUGUUCGACGAUCGUGACAAUAUUGCUUGUUUAUUGUCGACAUCUCAGCUGAAAGGCCUGCAGAUAGGCCUGUAGAUGACAAUUUUCAUUUCAUGACACUAACAAUCCCUUUUUACCUCUCUCAAUCUCUCCUGCAGCAAAACGACGGUCAGUUUACCGUGAUCCAGCUGGUGGGCAUGAUGAGGGGCAUCUCAGCGGGCAUGAAGUACCUCUCUGAGAUGAAUUACGUCCAUAGAGACCUGGCUGCCCGCAACAUCCUGGUCAACAGUAACCUGGUCUGCAAGGUGUCCGACUUCGGACUUUCGCGCUACCUCCAGGACGAUACCUCUGACCCCUCUUACACCAGCUCUCUGGUGAGUCCUACUCUCUGA